CAUUACCUGGAAAAAAGAAGAGUGGUGGUAGUCAAACAUGUUCACAAAUGAAGAAACAAGGACUACCACAAGAUCAGAAGAAAAGAAAGCAAUACUUCAGAAGACAAGUAGUAACUACCAAUCAAA